GUUCCGGGCGGAGCCUGCGCCCCUGAAAGGUGGCCGGGGGCAGGGUGGGCCCAGCGCGCUCUGCCUCUGGGGGAGGGGGGCAGAAGCAGAGAGCCUCGGCCUGGGAGAGGGAGGGAAGGCUUUUCUCUCAGCCCAUAUCUGCUCCCCCCACCCCGAAAUUCUCGGACAGUGCUCAGACGUGUGGCGAGCCUUGUCCCCCGCCCCUUAAUCUCCUGUGUAUCUUAUUUGUAUGUAGUGAUGUUAAUGAAUAACUCUUGUGGCGCUGAUGGACCGGGGGUGAACCGCUCGCAAUCUCUCUGGAUUUCGUUGCCUAUUACUCACCUGGCGCCGGUCGCAAUCUCGCCGCGGGCUUUAUGGUGGCGGCGGCCGCCACGGAGGCCACUCGGGGCCGGCGCCUUCGGCUUUUUUCCGGGCUUCGAGUGCCACCUAUCUGUCUGGCCCACGAAUGCGCCCAGGCCGCCGCCGCCGCUGGCUCGGCAUUCCAGCGCCUCCCGGGCUCCGGAACUUGGGCUUUUCACCUUUGCCCCUUCUCAUCCUCCCCACCCCAGCCGGCGCUCUCCUCCUUCUCGGACCCCUGCUCCCCAGCCCCCCGCAUCGGAAGAAGCCGGGCUGUCUUUCCUGGGUAUCACUUUCACUCUUCUUUGGGCCCCAGAUGAGAAAAACAGUCCUUCCCGUCUUUGGGUUUCCAAACAGUCAGGAAAUUCCGGGAGGGGACCCUCUCAUCAUUUUCUGGCCAAGCACCCUGCUUCUUGGCGUAGAAAUCCCCCGCAGUCCGCCCGGACCCAGGCAGGGGAUAACCUGUGCGAUCUCGGUGGGCAGAUGGAGGGAACAAGGACUCCCGCCUCCCCCAAAUUACAUAAUUCACAUUCUACCCUGGAUGCGACUUCCCUUUGCCUGGAUGCGCUUUCUUUCUUUCUUUAGAACUCUGGAAUGUUUCGGUUUUUAUCCUGGCCGCGUCUACAGGGACAAAGGCCGCGGCUCGAGGGAGCAGCAGUCCGUAAGGGGCCCGCGCGGGGGUCAGCUGCGGCAGCCUGCAGGGCCGAGCGACUUCGUGAUUUGUAGAUUUAAGAGGAGGAAACUGAGGCACCGGAUCGUUAAGGCGCUUAACCGAGAUCAGCCGGGGGGAAACCCGGAGCCAGAAUUCCAGCCGAGAUGGGCGCCAAGAAGCCACUUGACCGUCGCCAUACGUAAUUCAGGUGGCGGCGUACGUACCUGUAGUAGGUAUGUCCCGGAUGUAGAGAAAUCUAAGGGCGCGUUCCGGGUUUUUGUGUGUGUCUCGAGCGCUCUGCAAAAGAGAACACUGUACUUUCCCGGCCACCCCGGUCGUGCCGUAGAAGAGCGCCGCUCCUAUUUUGGCGUCCCCGUUCUGGGGCCUUUUCUCCCCCGGAGGACCCGUCGGGGCGAGGACCCAAGGCUUGGGGCCUUUGUUCCCAAGCAGAUGAAACGAGAGGUGGCCUGGGGACAAUAUGCCAGCGGCGGGACGCUGGGGCCGAGACAGCGUUCUCCCUCGGGAUCUGAGUCGGGAGGGAGCGGGAAUGACAAAAGGGCUAGCGCGUGCCAGGGUGGGCAAGGCGACCCGGGCUAA